AUUAUGUCUUAAAUUCAUAACGAUCUUUGUAUAAAGAGUAUUGAUGAAUUGAGAUAAGUAUUUAAAUAGGUUUAAGUUCCUACAAACUAAUCAUAACAAUAAUAAUAAUCAUAACAAUAAAAUGAACAAAAGGAGGUUUAAAAAGUUAUUGAAACUAUAGCACCAACUUGUCAACAUUAAUAAAUGCAUUGUCAUCCAAUUUGUUAACCUUCAAAUUUUUGUCAUCAUGUAAAUUAUCAACCUUUUGUAAUAAUCUAAGAAUAGCCUGUUAAUGAAAGAAAAUCAAAUAGAAAGAAGAAGAAAUAUGUUAAAGAAUUAACAGAAGAAAUUUAAGUUUAAAUACCAAUCAAAAAGUCUAAAUAAAAAUUAGAAUAACCAAACUUUAAUAUUUAAAGAGAAGUUGAUCAUUUAGAAUAAUUAAUAAGGUAAGUUAAAAUUCAAGAACAUCCUUCUUAAGUAUUAGAAUAUCAUAUCAGUGUUCCUGAAUAAGAAAAACCAAAAGAUAAUACAGAAAUGAUUGCCAUGCUAACAGCAUUAAAACCAGAACCAAUCUAAUUACCUAAGGAUGAUUAUUUAAAAAUUGAAAAUGCUAGAUUAUAAGAAGAAAUUAAAAAUACUAAAAUAUAACAUCAUGAACUUUAAGUUAAAUAUGAAGAGUUGUAAAAAAGAAAGAGAAAAGAAAAAAUAGUUAAAGAAAUCGAAUAUAAAGAAAUACCAAAAAUUAUAGAAGUUCCUAGAGAUGUGAUUAAAGAAGUAGUAAAACCUUUUGAAGUUGUUAAAGAAGUAAUUAAAGAAGUAGAAAAACCAUCAUAAAUGAAUACAAAAGAAAUUCCAAUUUAUAUACCUUAAUAUAAAGAAGUAACAGUUAAUAAAGAAGUGCCAGUUUAUAAAGAGAUUUAAGUUGAAAAGGAAGUUAAAGUUUAUAAAGACAUUCCUGUUUAUAAAGAUGUACCAGUUUAUUAUGAUGUUCCUGUUUAUAGAGAUGUUCCUAUAUAUUAGAAAGUACCUGUUUAUAAAGAAGUACCAGUAUAUUCUGAACCAGUUAAUGUAUAUAGAGAAAUUCCAAUCAUUAAAGAAAUUGAACGCAUUCCUGAAACUAUUGUUGAAUAUCCAAAUUUAUAAAGAACAAAAAGGGUUAUUUCACCCAAUCAAAAUUGUAGAACAUAUAUAAGAUCUCCUUAUUCAAGAGGAGAAUAUUGA